AUGGCUGCACUAGUGCGGAAUGACAGUCGGAUCAUCCUCCACUUGGUGACUCCCCCGCGUUCGCAUGUCAAAGACCUUCGAACUAAUUUUAUCCAGGACUAUGACUGUUUCUAUGCCUCAGUCUUCGAGGUGGAACAGCCUGCAUUGAAGUCUCUCCCAUUGGCAGUCCAGCAAAAGCAGAUUGUGGUAACCUGCAAUUACGAAGCCCGCCGACGAGGUCUGCAUAAGUUGCAGCUCAUCAAAGAUGCAAAGCGCAUCUGUCCAGAUGUAGUCAUAGUUAUGGGGGAAGACCUAACCAAAUUCCGCAAUGCCUCCAAGGAGCUUUAUCUAUUUGCUCGCUCUAUCGUUUGGGGUGGGCGUGUCGAGAAGCUAGGCUUUGACGAGCUCUUUCUGGACGUCACGGAAAUGAUAGACUACAACACUGGUGUGCUAAACCCAAAUGACUUGUCGAACUCGUUUUUUCAUCUUGAUCCAAAAGACCCGACAGUCGGGUUUCCCUACAAUGCCACGCGAUUUCAGGGGUCAACCUUUCCCGCAACCGAGCCAGAUCUCAUUGCUCCGACAGAUCCGUCUUCGCUAGAAAUGAGGUUGCUUGUCGCAUCUCAUUUACAGGGUCAUUUACGGGGUAUGUUGGAGCAUCAAAUAGGAUUCACAGCUACUGGCGGGAUCUCAACCUCCAAAUUGCUGGCAAAGUUGGUCGGAAACGUUCACAAACCCAACGGUCAAACGACUCUUCUGCCACCAUACACGGCCACCGGAGAAACUCCAAGCAACGUAUCUCUGUUCCUAGAUGAUCAUGAGAUCAGAAAGAUUCCUGGAAUUGGGUCACGAAUUGCCCAGAAACUAGAAUCCCACAUCAUCGGGCAAGAGACUGUCGACGAGGCUAUCACAGUUCGAGAUGUCCGACAGUUCCCUGGUAUGGGUGCACCCCUUUUGGAGAAGGUCCUAGGCGGGCCAGGUUCACCCAAAGGCAUUGGGAUGCGUAUGUGGAACAUUCUCCACGGAGUAGACAAUUCUGAAGUGCUAGAGGGUCGGGAUGUGCCCACUCAGAUCAGCAUCGAGGAUUCAUAUGGCCGUCUGGAUACUCUCGACAGUGUCCGGCGGGAGUUAGAGAUAUUAACGCGAAGUCUCAUACGCCGUAUGAGAACUGAUCUGCUUGAUACAAGUGAUGAUACUGUUCCCCAAGGGCAAUGGCGUGCUCAUCCCCGCACUCUGCGCUUAUCGACCCGGCCAAGACCUCCGCCAGACACAGAUACUGGACGCACAUACAGUUACAACCGCAUCUCUCGAUCUACACCAUUGCCGCCCUUUAUUUUCAACUUGGACGAGAAUAUUGAUGCCUUGGCUGAGCGGUUAGUCCGUGAGAGUCUCAUUUCCAUGUUCCGCAAACUACAUCCGGAGAAGUCUGGUUGGAAUCUCAGUCUGUUGAACGUUGCAGUUACCAAUAUGGUGGAGAGGGCGGGUGAUCAGAAAAAACACAGUGGACGUGACAUCGGGAAGAUGUUUCGACAGCAAGAAACGGUACUCAGGGAGUGGACUGUCCAUGAACCCGAAUCCUCGCCACCAGUUGAGGCGCCACCAAUUGAAGUGUCAAGAUUGCCACCCGAAAGCCCCGAGAUACAGCCACAAUUGGAGGAUGACUGGGAUGAUGGUGACGACGAACCCGUGGGUAUGGAGUGCCCUAUAUGUGGGGUGUCAAUUCCACACUUUGCGCAGCUGGCACAUCAGAUGUAUCAUUCUGCACCCGAGUAA